CACUGCAGUUUGUCUGCGUGUCAUGUUGAUGAAUGCUGAAGCUGGGUAGUCAACAUGUCCACCGCUGCUGCUCAACACAACAAUAACGAAGAGCCCGGCCUUCACGGCUCUUGGGUAGAGUUGGAACUGAAUGGGAACACAGGGGCACAGGGUGCGCAGAACAACCCACUAAUGAUCCCUGCUGCAGACCAAAUAAACGCAAAUGCUGGCAUAAGUGAAAGUCUGCCACCCUUGGAGGUAGUGCCUGAGAGUGAUGAGACCCUGAUUGGAGGACUAGAGCAUGUGCCGUCAUCCUCCUCGAUCCACAAUGGAGACAUGGAAAAGAUCCUCCUGGAUGCACAGCAUGAAUCCAGCCCGAGUAGUUCCUCCUGUGAUAGUCCCCAAAGGCCACCAAGUCCAGAUCGAGAUGACGGUCAGAUAACUUUUGAUGUGGACAUGUCCAGCCCAAGAGGUAGUCAGUCAGAGGAAGAAGGUCCAGAGAGGGACAGAGAGGAAGACAUCCUGAUGAGCAAAGAAGUAGACUGGGUUGCUGAUUGGUCCAGCAGACCAGAAAACAUCCCACCAAAGGAAUUUCACUUUAGGCACCCCCGACGUUCAGUAUCUCUUAGUAUGAGGAAGAGUGGAGUUAUGAAGAAAGGGGGCAUCUUCUCUGCUGAAUUCCUCAAAGUCUUCAUCCCCUCUUUACUCAUCUCACACAUCCUCGCUCUUGGCAUUGGGGUGUACAUCGGAAAAAGAAUUGCCACAGCCUCCACCAGCUCUUACUGAAUAGAAAAUGAAGCAGUGCCCUUAUGUUCUCCUGUCUACAAGCCUUUCAACAUCCUCCUGUAGUCAAGCUCUCUGCGUUCAUUGUACGCCCGCAUUUCCCUCCCAAUCAGCAUUAAAUUCUGUCACAUUGUAGAUGUAGUUAUAUCUAAACACAUUACAUAAUGUGGUUGCACUCCUUCACAUUUUGGCACAGGGCAACAUUAUACCCAACAGCUGUCACUAACUUGAAUCCAGUAGAUAAUGAAGCCUGUUCAGCUUAAAAAUAUGUGACAAGGAUUUGAUGUCAAGGGGCUUAAAGGUUGGGGAUGUUUUUAGAAAUUUCCUUCCUUAUUUCAAUGUCAUGUCAUGAAAAAUCUGGCCUUCUCCGAAGCUGCAUCUCUCCGCUGGUCUCUCAGCAGGCAGAGUGUAUGAACCAAAAAUGUGUCAUAUCUGCAAUACAAACAAAAUUAAUUGGCUCUGGGAAGAGAGGGGACUUUUAUCGCCUUAAUUUUGGUGCAGAUACUGGGAGGAAAAACAACGAUGCUGCACAGUGGGAUUAGUUUUUAAAUUCCACACAUUUUUUCAGAAUAGAAGUUGUAUCAUGUUAUCUCCUGUGGGAUUCUUUUUUAAGCUUUGUUUUUUGAAGGUUGGAACGCUGAUCUAGCAUGUAGCUCCAAAAGUUUCCAUUGGGGGUAUUUGAGUAUAUUAUGAUAGUGAAACUUAGGCCGGACGGCCAUUUACCAGGCCAUAUGCUAUUUUUAUUUCUUUUUGCCUACAUAUCUUCUUCUUUAACACAUAAUAUAGCAGCAAAGGCAAAGUGCCAAAUUCUUUCACCACUGCACAUUGGUGAUUUAUCUUAGACUGUUUUUUGAUUUUUUUUUUUUUCUGAUAUGUUUAGAUAUUUAAAUAUGUAGAUGUGAAAAUAAUUUAAGCUGUGAUCUGCCCCAUGUAAUAGAAACCUUUUGACAUUGUAUAAUUUGUUUAUACAUUGAUAUUAAUGCAUAUUAUACCUUAUGCAUUGUGGCAGUGUCAGUGAUGUGUUUUUGCUGUCGUUUAAUUGCUUAAGCGCCGGUGGCAGAAACCACCACAUAAGAAGGUAUUUCCAGGGGCCUCAUUGAAGAGUGUUAUCUGAUUUUAUCUAGAUUUCACUGUGCAAUCAUUUCAAACAGUAUGAUACAAUAAAACAUGUACAGUGUCUGUAGGACUUCCAGAAUAAUGAAACGAGAGAAGCAUUUCCUGAAGUAAAUGCAUGUGAUUUCUGUUGAUU